AGAGAUCAAGAAGUCUUAUAACCGUAAUCUAGUCUUAGGGACAUUGCACAGCGUCUUGCUAGAUUAUUGCCAACUUUCUCAUACCAAACAGAUUGCCGGGUUUCUUUAAACAUUAGUUUUUAGAAAACUCGACAGCUGGAGGAAGUAUGGGUCUUAAAAUUUUUGAUUUCUUUCAACUUAGUAUGAAGUUUAUAGUAGAUCAAUGGUUAGAAAUAUCUUUUCAACUAUUGUGUGAUGGAAGUUUUCAGAUUUAUAAGUUUGGCGAUUUAUUGAUUUGAAAAUUGACCUCCGUACAUCCGUAUGAUAUGUACGGAAGUUUCUCGGGCAUCUUUUUGAGAAAAAAAAAAAAGAAAAUCGAAAGUUAAACUGAUUUUUGGCCAGGAGAAAUAUCUCAAGUACAAGACACUAAUUGAACAUGAGAGCCCUGAGACAAAUCUUAAACAAAAUCGAAUGGAUAGUGACCAUUUAUGAUAAGCCGGGAGUCGACAGACUUAAGUUCCGGCCCCAGCAUCUCGCAAAUGUGCCAACACUAAUGCAACAAGGAUUCAUGGUGAAUGGAGGGCCCAUCUUCACCGACGAAACCAGAACCAAUUUCAUUGGAUCACAUUUCAAUAUUAUUGCUAAGGACAGAAAGGAAAUUAUUGACACUUUACGAAAAGACAUCUAUUCACAAGAAGGAAUCUGGGAUUUCGAGACCAUUGUUAUCCACCCCCACUCUUCCGUAAAAACACGAUAAACAUCUUCUUUCAAUAGAAUGAUGGUUCAAUUCAGCCCAUGUGUAUAGGAGCCACACUAAGUAUGAAUUCACCCACCCUACAAUGAAAGGGUACAAUAUACGUACCGAAAAAGUUACGAUGCAAGAAAGCCUUUGGGCUUACGAUGUAGCAAAUUGACGAGCAAACCCUGUUUGGGCAACAACAUCAACAAUCUAAAAAUAAAA